GGUGAGGCAUGGCAUAUCUGGGAGGUGUCCGGACCUGCCUGGCGUGGCGGGUGGCGGCGAUCAUCACAGCCUUGGGUCGUGGUCACCUCAGCAUUCCUUGCCGUCCCGCCACCCCGCCGCCGCCGCCGCCGUGUUUGCAGUGAUGUGUGAGUGAUGUGCGGGGCGGGAGUGUGCGCGCGGGCAGGCCAGGCCCCGGGCCCCAUGGGGCUGGGGCCAGCCCUCCGCUGCCGCCGCUGCUCGCCACCGCCAGUACCUCCGUGGCAGCCGGUGAGAGAGGUCCGCCGCGAUGCCCCGCCGGCCCGCCCUCUCGGCCCUCCCGCUUCUCUCCCUCCUGGUGGGGGCAGUAGCGGGGGAUGACAGCGCUUACUUUGCCGACUGGGGGGUGAUCGGAGGGCGGCCUCAGGAGCCAACAUGCGUGGACAUCCCGGAAGACAUGCCGCUCUGUUCUGGGAUCGACUAUAGCAAGAUGCGGCUGCCCAACCUGCUGGAGCACGACACGCUGAAGGAGGCGCAGCAACAGUCAGGCUACUGGGUGCCGCUACUCAACUUGCAGUGCCACCCCAACACGCAGUUGUUCCUGUGCUCGCUGUUCACGCCCGUGUGCCUGGAGAGUCCCAUCCCGCCCUGCCGCAGCCUGUGUGAAGCGGUGCGCCUGGGCUGCGAGAGUCGCAUGCAGACCUACAGCUUCCCCUGGCCAGACAUGCUCAACUGUGACAAGUUCCCGCUGGACAACGACAUGUGCAUCACCGUGCAGCACACAGACGCGCCAGGACGCGAUGACGAAUGCCAGACCUGCAACCCCGUGGAGACCUACGAGAACAUCCUGGACAACUACUGCCGCGCCGACAUGGUCAUCAAGGCGAAGGUCAAACGGUAUCGCAACAAUAAACUUUUCCUGAAGAAGUCGAAGAAGGUGUAUAAGAUUCGAGGUGUUGAGGACGAUCGGCGGGCACUGAGACGUCUUAGCUUGACGCUGACCGAGGAGGCACCCUGCUGCUCCUUCUCCCCCUCCAGGAAGUCCUACCUGAUUAUGGCUCGCAUGCAGAGUUCCACCUUCGUGCCCACCUUUGUUAUGAUGGUGAAGAAGUCCAAGCCACUGCGCCAGGCCAUGAGGACCUUCAGGCAAGGACUCAACUGUUCCGAUCCUAACCUAAUCAGUACCUUGGAGGGCACGCCGCUGAGCCCCGAAGGGCACGACUCCCCCACGGACUCCCGCCAGAGGAACUCCCUGCGCAGGUGCAUCCCGCGUUGCCGGAAGAGGUGCCUCAGGAAGUGCAAGAAGUCACACUCGAGCACCUGUGCUGGGUCCUGCGGGAAGAACUGCCGCAGAGUGUGUCGCCGGCGAGGGACAAGGGGAGGGCAAGGACGUGGUAGGAGAGGAAAGGGGGGCAGGAAUCGCCAGGGAGGCGGUGGUCACAGGCUUCUCGGACACGGCAACAGGCACGAGCUGCCAGAAGGCAUGUUGCCUCUAGGUGACCUGGCCAGCGAGAUUACUAACUUCGCUCCGCCGGACAUCGAGAGGCCCCAGCCCGCCCAGAGGGAAAACUAGUGCCGCAGCAGUGGCCCACACAGCAUCCCGGAGUGCAGCACAGCAAGGCAGUCCCAUAGUCACGGUAGGAGAGGCAGGGCAGCAGUGUCCUGGCUUAGAGUUAGGUGGAGGCAGCGGGAUGGAGGGCGGCACCACGGCGGCCUGGCUGACAACACCCAAGGAAAAGUUAUCCAGUCACUCGUAUGGAAGUAAUAAAGUUACUUACUUAAAGGAAUCACUUCCUGUAUAGGUUUCCAUGUGUUGCAUGAAUAGCUCGCAUCAACAGUGUCUUGUCAAGGUAACAAUGCCCAAGCAUUGCAUCAUGUACUGUUCGUACUGUACGUCUCUCACGGAAUUGCCAACCGCUAAAACUUACAUGCGUGAGGUGCGUGUUUUGUGCGUCAAUUAGACCGAUCCUGAAGACAGAAACGACGAGGUUGCCCUUUUAAACCUCCCAUUGAUUGAAAGAGGCCCUUGGUUCCCUUGUAAACAAAUAAAACCUUUAUAGCUCUGCAGUUUUAAAUACUGAUUUCGUAAAUGAUGAUUAAUGUGAAGAAUUUUAUGGCCAUACUGAAAUUAUCCAUUUUUAAAUCCGGUGUACAAUCACUCCCGCUGGCUGCAUCUUCGCGGCGUCUUUCAUCACACGCUGGGACUGAAGAUUGUUCAGUGCACCGCGCCACACUGCGCCUCGCUGUGGUAAAACAGCUAGGGUUUACUCAGGAUCGGUCAUUUGACGCUCAGAAUCGCACCUUAAUCCCGAACCCGCUGGCUCUGGAACACCAGCAGUGUGUAUAUUAUCUUGUACAUAGACGGAGUACUUCAAGGUAGUGUUGUAGUGGCGUUAGAGGACGUGGAGGGGUGGCGGAAGGCGGGGGAGGCGAGGCCAGGGUAUUGCGGGUGGCCAGGCAAGACACCCCGUCAAAAUACGUAGUGGCUAAUUAGCUAACUAGGCGCCGCAAGUCUUACGAUUUUCAAAGUGAAUAAAGCAGUUAUGAUAAAGUAACUAUUAAAGAAAUCAUGAUUUGGAAGCCUUUGUGGUCAUCGACUGCGAGUCACGGAAGACGAAGCUCGCACGGACACAGUUGGUUGUCACAGCUGUGUAGGGAAGAACAGUUAACAAGUAAGGUCUGAAGGUGAAAUUCCUCAUUGUAAAAAAAAAACAAAAAGCAACAACAAUCAAUGAGUCUGAGAAGGUACACAAAUUAAAACGCCUGUAACAGGAAACAUGUGCUGUCACGGCUAAAAGUUUGUUCACCUGCCGUAUUCUUUUUCAAUGAAUGAUCCGUUGCUUUCCUAACGCCAUUCCUCCGCUGUGCCGCCUGUCACCUCACUAACCCUGAGACGUGAAGGCUUCCAAGGGAAUCAGAGGACCCAGGAGUUAAGGAACACACUAAACACAGUGGAGAUGAGAGCGUCUGGUUACAGCACUUCUGACCGCGACUGUACCUUCACGUACCGUAGAGCUGCACUGUACCGAAUACUCACCACGAAUACCAGAUGAAUGUGGACGCGAAAUGGUGUUGUGAGUUCUUGUUUUCUGUUCCUUCGUCCUGUAAUUCCGUGUCGUGGCAGCGUCUCCGUGUCGGCAAAGAUGAUGACGGUGGCAGCAUUUCGAUCCAAGGCAAGACUCACGGUGGCUUAUCCUUAAUUCUAAACUAAAUAUUCACUUUCAUUUACAUACACAUAACGUCACCUUGGUGUCAUUAUCACAGCAUUGACUCAGCAUGAUCAUGUAAGUAGUAUUGCGUUCUCUUCUAGGGGAGUAUUAUCUUUUAUUAUUAUCAUUGCGAUUAUUAUUAUUAUUAUUAUUAUUAUUAUUAUUAUUAUUAUUAUUAUUAUUAUUAUUAUUAUUGAUAUUAUCAUUAUUAUUAUUGUUAUUAUCAUUAUUAUUAUUUAUUUAUAUUUGUUAUUAUUAUUAUGAACAUAUUCACCUCAGUGUUUUCCAUUGCUAAAUGUCCUUGAGAGUGUAGUAUAGUUACCUCUCUACUCUUACUUUAGAACUUAGAGAUAAUCAUAUUACUAUUUAGUGUACUGUACUGUAAGCAGGCUUGUAACUGUCAUGUACUCCUUUGUAUAAUGUAUGCGUGUGCGUGCGUGCGUGUGCGUGCGUGUAUGUGUGUGUGUGUGUGUGUGUGUGUGUGUGUGUGUGUGUGUGUGUGUGUGUGUGUGUGUGUGUGGCUCCUGCAGGAAUGAGUGUUUUAAUCCCACAAAAAAAAAAGCUGUACCGAUAGGCAAGUCACUAGUGAAGACUUGUAUUCUGAUGGCUGGCGAUAAAAUGGUAAUAAUAGGA